CUGAUUCCGGGGUCGGUGUGUGUGAGAGAGUGAGUGUGUGUUUUCGUACUCGUCUCCCUCCGUUCGCUACUGUGUGUGUGAGUGUGAGAGUGUGUGUAGUUUUUUUUUUAUUUUUUUCUGCCUCGGUAGGGGAGGAGGAGGAGGAGGAUGAUGAUGGCGGAGCUGGUGCAGGGACAGGCCUCGGUGGCUCAGCCUGGGAUGAAGGGAGACGGCUUCGCGGACGCGCUCCACCGAGCCAGACAGAUUGCAGCUAAAAUGGGGGGAGACCAGAUGACUCAUCUGAACCACUCCUCUCCUGUUGUUGACCCUUCCCUCUACGGCUACGGAGGUCAGAAACGCUCCCUAGAUGAAGGAGUAGGCACCCAGCUUGGGGCAAUGGUACAUCCAAGGGCUAUAAUAACAGAAGACUUCAAAGUGCCUGACAAGAUGGUGGGCUUCAUAAUUGGCAGAGGUGGUGAGCAGAUCACUAGAAUCCAGUUGGAAUCGGGCUGUAAGAUCCAGAUUGCUGCUGACAGUGGCAGUAUGAUUGACCGGCCUUGCACCUUGACUGGGAGUCCAGAGAACAUUGAGCAGGCGAAGCGCCUCCUCGGUCAGAUCGUGGACCGGUGUCGGAACGGCCCUGGCUACCACAACGAGAUGGACAGCAACAGCGCCAUCCAAGAGAUCCUGAUCCCGGCCAGCAAAGUGGGCCUGGUCAUUGGGAAAGGAGGCGACACUAUAAAACAACUUCAGGAGAGGACAGGAGUGAAGAUGAUCAUGAUUCAGGACGGCCCAAUGCCCACCGGUGCGGACAAGCCUUUGAGAAUCACUGGGGAUCCCUUUAAAGUGCAGCAAGCACGAGAAUUGGUAGUGGAGAUCAUCCGGGAAAAGGACCAGGGAGACUUCAGGACUGGCAGAGGAGACUUCGGCUCCAGGCUGGGAGGAAGCAGUUUGGAUGUGGCUGUGCCAAGGUUUGCUGUGGGCAUCGUCAUUGGCAGAAACGGUGAGAUGAUUAAGAAGAUCCAGAACGAUGCUGGUGUGAGGAUCCAGUUCAAACCAGAUGAUGGAAUCAGUCCAGACCGGAUUGCUCAGGUGAUGGGCCAGCCGGACAGAUGUCAGCAUGCAGUUCACCUCAUCAACGAGCUGGUUCACACAGCACAGGAGCGUGACGGUUUUGGGGGUGCAUUAGGAUCCAGGGGCCGGGGAAGAGGCAGAGGAGACUGGAACAUGGGGGCUCCAGGUGGACUUCAGGAAGUGACAUACACGAUACCAGCAGACAAGUGUGGCCUUGUGAUUGGCAAAGGCGGAGAGACCAUUAAGAACAUCAACCAGCAGUCUGGAGCUCAUGUGGAGCUGCAGAGGAAUCCUCCUCCCAACACUGACCCCAAUGUGCGCAUCUUCUCCAUCAGAGGCACCCCGCAGCAGAUCGAAAUGGCCAGACAGCUGAUCGACGAGAAGAUCGGGGCCUCAGGGUUGGGGGGCAGCAGCAGUUUCAGCCUCAGUCCUUUCACCCAAGGACCAGCUACCCCGCACCAGAAGUCUGCCAGUGGACCGCAGACAUUCAUGACUGGAGGAUGGGGUGCUACAUACCAGACAUGGCAGCCUCAGGGCCAGCAGGACCCCAGCCACAAUGGAUCCCAGACAGGGCAGAUGGAUUAUUCCAAAGCGUGGGAGCAGUAUUAUAAGAAGCUAGGUCAGCAGAGCCAAGCUCAGAGCACUGGUCCAGACUACAGCAAAGCAUGGGAGGAGUAUUACAAGAAACAGAGUCAGGCUGCAGCUCCUGGGUCUCAGCAGAGCUCCCCUCCAGACUACAGCGCUGCCUGGGUGGAGUAUUACAGACAACAGGGGGCUUACUAUGGCCAAGGGGCACAGCAGACGCAGGCUCCGGGCCUUCAGGAUCAUUAGAGCGGAUUCCCUUUAGUUGAAGAUUUUUGAAUGAUUGAGAAGAUUGAGAAACAAACCUUUUGUAACAGAGGUUUCUAGAUUUGCAACGCCUUGAAGACUUUUACUUUUUUUUUUUUUUCUUAGUGAGAAACACUAGCUGUAGAAUGACUUAUACAAUUAAAAAUAAAAAAAGAAUUUCUAAAAUCAGGAACGUAAAAAUUGUUACUAAAUACUUGUGUACACCAUUAUUUGAAUGAACAAUUUCCGGGAUCCUUUUUGGACAAUAUAUAGCUGUGUUUUUGUUUUCUAUUCUUCCUUUUUAAUUCAAGUGGAUCGCCAAAACGAACCCCGGAGUUGUAACAUUUCAGCAAUCGCAAUAUAAUCUAUUUUUUCUAGUUCUGUUGCAAUAAAAUCGUAAUUAUGGGCUUAGCAGUCUUGAAUCCAUUUUUGUUUUGUUCUUGUCAUGAAAUGUUUUAAGAAUGUGUAAAAAAACAAAAUGUUUCUUUCUUUUUCCUUUUACAUAAAAGCAAUUUUAAUUCAGUGAGAUAAAAACUGUGAUGUUUUUGUUACAGGAAAAAUGUUCUUUUGUUACACAAUACGGUGAUGUUGGCAAACAGCAGUCAAUUCCUAAUUUAAUUCCUCUUGUGUUUUGUAUUCUGUUUUUUCAUUGUCAUUUUAUUGUACUCUGGUUUAAAAAGGUGCAAUAUCUUAUUUCAUAUUUGAAACAAAGAUGGAUUUCUCUAAUAUUUUGACAGACGUUUAACUUGUAGUUCUUAGUUAUUUUUUUUAGGCAUAUGGAAAUGUAAUGGCUAAUUUUUUUAUUACCUUGAUCUGAUGUGGGAAAAGGGGGGUCUUGCAUAUUAUUGUGAGUUUAUUGCCUUUGCUAUCUUGUAAAACUAUGUAUGUACACUCAGAUACUUGACUAAAUACUUUAUUUAAAUAUAUAUAUAUAAUUAAAUCAAAGAAGUUUUUUUUUCUUUUUUUUCAUGGAGUCAUUUUUGCAGGAAAACUGUCCCUGUUUUUCUGUUCUGUUUUUCAUACUGAAAUUUUUCAAAGAUCGUGAAUGUGUAAUUUGAAAUUUGAUGUUGCAUCUUCAUAUAUGGACAAAAUGAGAGAUGAUAGGUUUUUAUGUAUGUUCUGUACUUAAACCGUUCAAGACUGCUAAGCCUUCAGAUUCCUAUCUGUGUAUUAAUUAAUUGUAGUUUUUUAUAUUCUAAGUAUUAAGAUCAAAGUUGUCUUAUUUGGUACCACCCAGCUUCCCCAACGCCCCAACCAGUACACACUGUGGACUCAUGUACAGUCCGAUGCUAAUAACUUUUUAAGUAAUUAUUUUUCUUUCUACUCCGUGUGAUCUAAUAUAUGUAUGAAUGAUUAGUUAAAAUUGAAUCUAGUAUUAACUUCAUUGCUUAAUGAAAAGGGAUAUUAUAAUUUCAAAUGUUUAAUUUUAGUGUUUUUUUUUUUUUUUGUUUGUUUUUUUUUGGGUUUUUCUUUUCUUUUGUUUUUGUUUUUUUUUCUUCCUCACGUGUACAGGUAACCGUGUAUUAAAAACAUCAAAAGACUACUUUUUGUGUUUUUUCGUUAUUGUUAACCCUUUUCGUUCUUUUCUUUGGUUUUGCUGUAACACAUUCCAGUACAUGCGUAUUCGCUCGGGGGCCCUAUAGCCGAAACCGGACAGUCGUCAGGGCUCUUCCCGUAACGGUUUGAAGACGAGAAGACGACUCUUUAUGUAUGUGAUGCAUCGCUUUGUAUUAUUUGUGGUGUGUAAAGAAGAAAUAUAUUUUCUAUGCUAACCUUUAACAGCUUGAAUAAAUGGCACGCAAGUUACGUGUGGUAAGGUG